AUGAGCACAAUACCUCUCACUGAAGUGCACUAUGCCUACCCUGUCAAAGCUGUCAGGGUCACCGUGCACACCGUUGGGAAAAUGUUCGACACAGACAAGCGCAGUAUAAACCAUGCGUCCAUAUUCCUUAUCAUCGGUACAAAACAACUAGCGCGCCUCAAUAUGACCAACGAAGGACCUGUCGGGGUUAUGGGGUUAUAUAAAAAGCAGAUGUGCUACUACGACAAUUCCGAGUCUUCCCUCUUUAACAUUGGCGUUUGUGUAAUCAAAAGCGGGCUGACAGUCGGGGACUUCGUUCGACUUAUUGAGAGUAAACGGCGGCACGAGUAUAUGCUGGCGCCUACCGGAGUGGGAUGUCGGUUCUGGGUGAAGUCUGUUAUUGAAGAUUUUACCGUUGCGGGUUACGUUGACCCAUCCGAUGCAGCAGAGAUGUAUAAUGAUUUACAGUAUAAUUACUCGAGGAACAAGGAGCGUCUGUUUGAAGCGAUUGUCCCUGGGACAUUUGUUCGUUAG